UAAGAGAGCGGUGUGUGUGAUCUAUUGUGGCAAGAAUUAACAUAUCUUGAUAACAUAUCUGGUUUUAUUGUAUACAAACUGUAGACCAGGUUUGUGUUUCCAUUUAGAAAUUAACAAAUUACAUUUGUCUCUAUGUGGCACCAUUCCCUUGACAAUAUAUUUUUGUAGCUUCGGCAGUAAAUUGCAUUGAUACAAUUAUCUGAUAGGACCUCUUCAUCAUGUGACAGGAAGUAAAGGCUCUUCAUCUGGAGCGAGCGACUAUAGUGGAAUCACAGAUUCAGUAUUUGGUCCCGGCAUGGGGGACAUGAAGACCCCAGAUUUCGAUGACCUAUUGGCAGCGUUUGACAUUCCCGACAUCGAUGCUAAAGAGGCCAUCCAGUCUGCUGAUGAGGCUGAGGGCCCACACGGGCCAGGCAGUGCACCUCUGGGAAAGCCAGACGGUGGGGUUGGUGUAGGGCCGUCUCUGAGACCAUCUAGCCCCCCGGACCCCCAGGCUGACACCCCUAUUGUCAGCGUUAUCGUAAAGAACCGCGUACGACCCGACAACAUGGGUGGAGGGGAUGGGGACACAGACCAGGACACUAUGGACAGCAUUGCUGGGGUCGCUGUGGGUCCACGGCUCGGUGCCUGUGCCCCAGGCAUGGCGGAAUCUGAACCACUCAACCACAAUGGGUUUGCGGCUGCUGGUGUGACCCUGCCUCUAACCCAGGCUCAGGCCCAAUCUAAUGAGGAACCAUGGUCAGUGUGUACCCCCAAAACAGAGGGCGGAGGAGGCGGUGCUGGAUCAACUAAAUCUGUCAAGCAGGUUGGCAAUAUAUUCAACAGACUGAAGCCUCUCAUGGCGCAAGGGUCGGGAGACCCUGUAGGGAGGGCGAGGAAGAUGCAGCUCCUACAGCACCAGCAGCAGCACACACAGCAAGAGGCAGACAAAGAAGGAGGAGAUGAGGGCAAAGCUUCGUUAUCCUCCUCUUCAUCUGCCGUGUCUGCACCUCUUGUCCCAGGAGUGUCAGUAGGACUGUCCUCUCCUUUCUUCCUGCCUUCCAAGCCUCUGCUCCCGUCCCCGCCAUCAGCCCUCUCCUCACACCCGCUGCACUCAUCUCAGCCGUUUAAUGGGGCACCUAAAGCCGGCCCGGCAUUAUUAUGUCCCCAAGGCUCACAGGGGGAUGAUUCCGAUCCAGACCUAGGGCCCCCGCUGCUGAUCCAGGAACACCCUGACUCCCCCUCCCGCACCCCUCCCAAACUGAUCUGUAGUUUUAGGUCCCCUGCUGGCAGCUCUGACUCCACCCGUCCCAUGGCCUCAUCGGCAGCUCACCCCAAACCAGGGGACACUCCCUCGGGCUCUAGCGUGACCUCCUCAACCCCUCAGUCAGGCUCCACCAAGAGUCUACCACAGGAAGACAAACACCCAGAGCAUGUUAUAGAAGAGCGGGACUCACCUGAAAGUCCUGAGCCUGAGAUACCCAAAUCGGCAUCACCAGUAACCGCCAAGAGGUGCUCUAGCCCUGCAGUAGCCUCCACGCCACCCCCCUCAGACCUACAGGAGCCUAAGGAGGAGGAGGAGGAGAUGGAGGUGGGGAAUGGAAUAGAGAAGGCUAUGGAUGGCAAGGCAGAUUUUGGAAAGGAAGAGGGUGCAAGAACAGGAGAGGAGAAAAUGGAGGUGGAUGAUUGCAAGUCUAAACCUCCAGCCACUGAAGGUGGCACCUCAACUCCAGGAGGGCCUGCGGCUCCUGCCCGGCCCCUCAAAGUGCGGAUAAAGACCAUCAAAACCUCCACUGGUGGAAUCACCAGAACUGUUACCAGGGUCGCACCCAAAGCAGGUGCUGCUGGAGCAAAGGGUUUGGAGCCCAGCAAAGCUCCACCAGGGGGGCGCAAGACCCCAGCCAACAGGGCCUGGAAACCUGACACUGCCUCUGGUCGUAUGGCAGCCUCCCAGCCACAGAAAGCAAAGAGCCUCAAAACACUACCCGUGUCUACACUAGCAGCCAGUACUGCUAUGCUAGCCGCUGCAACCAAGGCUCAGAGCAAGAUGGCUGCCUCCUCGGACAAGGCAAAGGUAUCUGCCACUGCUGUUAGCAUCACUAAAUCUGCCGCCCUGCCUGCCACUCCCUCGGUUGCCUCCUCUCCUAAGUUCUCAGUAGCCACUGGUGGGAUGAGUGUACGUCCUGUCGGUGCUAAAACGACUAACGGAGGCAGCGCCAGCGUCCUAGCCGGCACUCACCAGCCAAACAAGCCUGCCUCCAUUGUGAACAGCACGGGCGCCGUCAUCUCCCGCAGCCAGUCUAGCCUGGUGGAGGCCUUCAACAAGAUCCUCAACAGCAAGAACCUGCUGCCCAGUUAUAAGCCGGACCUUUCGGCGGCUCCGCCCCCAGAGUGGGGGCUCCCUCUGCCUGCCACGGGCUACCGCUGUCUGGAAUGUGGCGAUGCCUUCGCCCUGGAGCGCAGCCUGGCCCGCCACUAUGACAGGCGCUCGCUGCGCAUCGAGGUGACCUGCAACCACUGUGCCAAGCGGUUGGCCUUCUUCAACAAGUGCAGCCUGCUGCUCCACGCCAGGGAGCAUAAGGAACGAGGGCUAGUCAUGCAGUGCUCUCACCUCGUCAUGAGGCCUGUCACCGUGGAGCAGAUGAUUGGCCAGCAGGACACCACACCCAUCGGCAUGUGUUCCCCUUCUUCAAUCUCCUCUCCUCCUCCUCCAGUCUCUUCCCCCUCCACCACGUCCGGAGCCCCCGCCGUGUCGUCUAGUUCCAGCCCAAUGAAGGACACACAGUCUCCCUCCGCAGCCCAGCUGAGACCGGUCCGCCAUGCGCCCCAGAGCCCCCAGGCGCUGAUGCCCCUCCCCAUCAAGAAGGGCGAGGUGCUGCAGUACAACAACUUCAAGUGUCCAGAGUGCCAGGCCCAGUUCUCUGGCAAGGCCGAACUGGUCGCCCACUUCCAGCAGAUCAGAGCUACCCCCAACUCGACCUGUACCCUGUGCUCCCCUCCCAUGAUGCUGCCUAACUGGUGCAGUGUGUCGGCUCACCAGAGGAUUCAUAAGCACCGAGCACCCCACGUCUGUCCAGAGUGUGGGGGCAUCGCCCGGCAGGCCAGCUUCCAGACCCACCUGGAGGAGGCCUGUCUGCACUUCGCCCGCCGCAUCGGAUACAGGUGCUCCAGUUGCCAGGUGGUGUUCGGGGGUCUGAACUCCAUCAAGUCCCACAUCCAGACGGCCCACUGCGAGGUGUUCCACAAGUGCCCCAGCUGCCCUAUGGCCUUCAAGUCUGCCCCAAGUGCACAGGGACACAUCAGCACCCAGCACCCCACCCUCACCGGGGGACAGGCCAAAUUGAUCUACAAGUGUGUGAUGUGCGAUACAGUUUUUACCCAGAAACCCUUACUGUACAUGCAUUUCGACACCCACCUGGCCAAGCAGAAAGUGCAUGUGUUCAAGUGUCCUGACUGCACCAAACUCUACGCGCAGAAAGGUUCCAUGAUGGAACACACAAAGACUGCUCACAGAAGGCUGUCAGUCAAACAGGAGGGCCAAUCCAAUGCCUCCGCCCCUGCCCCAGCCCCCACCAACACCUCAGCCCCCACCAACCCCUCAGCCCCCUCAGCCCCCUCCCUCCCAAAAUCCAAGCCCUCUGCAAAAAAGGACAACUCCGAUGGGGAGGACUGGGGCCGAGACGAGGAGGAGGAGGAGGAGGAGGGGGGAGAGGAAGAGGGGGAUGAGGACUAUGAGGAACCUGAGAAUCAGUCUAGUUCUGUGGGGGUAGGCAGCCAUCGUGGGACCACCUCAGAAUGGAGCUGCCAGCAAUGUCAGAAGAGCUUCACAAAGAGUGACGACUACAUCUCUCACAUGAAGACAGAGCACGGAAAGGCUAUGAAGAAGUUCCCGUGUUGUGUGUGUGAGAGCUCAUUCUCCACCUCUUCAAGCCUACGGCGCCAUGUACGCAUCAUCCACGAGGGCAACAAGAGAGUCUUCCACUGCCAAUAUUGCACACAGGGCAAACGGACCUUCAGCAGUCAGCUCAUACUGGAGAAACAUAUCCAGGUCCAUCAUCACGGGGUCAGAGCCACUGACGAACAGGGCUCUCCUCAGACCAGGAAGCGUUCAGCCCCGGGUACCGGCCCAGGCAGCUCAUCUGAACCUGACGGGGAGGGGGGGCCACCAGGGGACGAGGAAGGCACGGACAGCGGAGAGGCCACAGAGGAGGGGGGCGAGGAGGGCAGCAAUCCCGUGAAGAGAACACGAGCGUCGGCGCCUCCCGAGCCCGAGGAGGAUGACGGCGUAUUCCGCUGCGUGCCGUGCGGCUUCGCCACGGAGGAUGGCGCCGAGUUCCAGCGCCACAUCCCUCAGCAUCGCGCUGACGCCGCCUCCUUCCAGUGUCUACAAUGUGGCGUGUGCUUCGCCUCGGCUGGCUCCCUGGGACGCCACCGUUUCAUCACCCACCGUGUGAGAGAUCCCCAGGGGGAGUCCAACCACAGGCCACCCCGCACCCCCUCCUCCCCGGACGGCUUACCCUCCUCCCCACAGGAGGGAGAGGACGGGAAGGGGAGCAUGAGCUGCAGGGUGUGCAGCCGGCACUUCGACAGGGCCUCCGACCUUAACACCCACUUGAGGACCCACGGCAUGGCCUUCAUUUCCGCCCACAAGACGGACAAGCCCCAGUAGGGUGAAGUUGCCCCUAGAUGCUGAUCCUGGGUCAGUUUAGCAUUUCUCCCACUAAUGGUUAAGGUUAGGAUUGGGGAGAGGAAGCUGAUCCUAGAUCUGUAACUCUGGGAAACAUCAUCCCAGAGCCAGACAAGCCCCAGUAUGGAAAGGCCUCGGAGUGACGGACAGGCCUGGGAGAUGAGGUGUUUUGACUUGGAAUCAUUCUAGGGGAGCUGAAUGUGGAUGGAUGAGAGCCAACCCAGAUGUACUUCUGUGCAGUUUUGAGCCACUUGAGCUCUGUGUUUCUUUGUCACUAACUGUGCAGUCAUACUCCCAUGCUGAUCAUCAUACUGAGCAUUGGCCUGGACACGCAUGAGGAUGGGAGUUCUGAGGGUCAAGACCACCUGAUCAUAGCAUUGACAUCAGCCAUAUCUGUCCAUCAACUUUUCCAUGACAAUACGUUUUUCUGCCAUUUAAUAUUGUUUGUCUAUCUUAAUGUGAACCAUACUAUCUUUUCUACAUGCAUUUCCUUCUGUAUUAUCUUUCUAUAAUUUGUACUUGUAUUCUUUUCACUCUUUCUUACUAAAAUCAUUUCCAGAGCCAUGUGUCUUGAAAGGUAUUCUGUCUUGCAUUGCAUCGUCAAACUCGCAUCCACACAGACCAACUGUACAAAGAAAGCACUCUUGUUGGUCCUACAUCAGUUUGUAUGGGUCCAUCUCUUUAGUGAGGGCUAGAUAAAACUUUUCUCAAACACUGA